GGGCCUCUUCGGCCCGAGGCGCGGGGUCUCGGCGGUGGGAGGAGGAAGAUGGCGUCGCCGAGGCUGGGAGCGGGGUCGCGCGGGCUCCCGCAGCCGCAGCUCCUGGUGCUGCUGCCGCUGCUGCUGCUCGGACCCUGGCCGGCGGCGGGCCACGGCGGCAAGUACUCGCGGGAGAAGAACGAGCCCGAGCUGCCGCCGAAGCGCGAGCCCGGCGGGGAGUUCCGCAUGGAGAAGCUCAACCAGCUAUGGGAGAAGGCCCAGCGGCUGCAGCUUUCUCCCGUGAAACUGUCCGAGCUCCAUGCGGAUCUGAAGAUGCAGGAAAGGGAUGAAUUCGCCUGGAAGAAGCUGAAGGCCGAGGGUCUCGACGAAGAUGGAGAGAAGCAGGCCAAAGUCACGCGCAGCCUCAGUGUGAUCCUGGCCAAGUACGGCCUGGACGGGAGGAAGGACGCCCGGGCCGUGAGCAGCAACUCUCUCAGUGACCCCAUCGAGGAGGACAGCCUGGAGGACCCCAGGCUGGAAAAACUGUGGCACAAGGCGAAGACCUCGGGCAAGUUCUCCAGCGAGGAGCUGGACAGACUGCGGCGAGAGUUUCAGCACCACAAGGAGAAAGUACGCGCGUACAGCGUCCUGCUGGAGACACUGAGCAGGACCGAAGAAAUCCAGGAGAACGUCAUCAGCCCCUUUGAUGUGAGCCGCGUCAAGGAGGACGUGCUGCACAGCAAGCAUGCAGAGCUCAAGGACCGGCUGCGGGGCAUCAACCAGGGCUAUGACCGCCUGCGCCAAGUCAGCCACCAGGGCUAUGGCGCCGAGGCCGAGUUCGAGGAACCCCGAGUGAUCGAUCUGUGGGACUUGGCCAAGUCGUCCAACUUCACUGAGAAGGAGCUGGAGUCCUUCCGGGAGGAGCUUAAGCACUUUGAAGCCAAAAUUGAAAAACACAACCACUACCAGAAGCAGCUGGAAAUCUCUCACCAGAAACUGAAACAUGUGGAGAGCUUCGGGGACCGAGAGCACGUGAGCCGGAACAAGGAGAAGUACGCCGUGCUGGAGGAGAAGACCAAGGAGCUGGGCUACAAGGUGAAGAAGCACUUACAGGAUCUGUCGGGCCGCAUCUCCAGAGCUCGCCACAACGAGCUCUGAGGCCGCAGGAGCCCGCCGGAAAAAGCAAGAAGAAGCCGGGCGCCAGUGGCCUGCCUCAGCACGGGCCCGGGGGCUUGGGGCAGCGCUGGGCAUGAACAGGGCCUUGGGGGAGGCGUGGCGGGGACCAGCCGGGCACCCUGCAUGCGGAAGAGCUGCUCCGAUCCCCCGGGCGCCCGAUGAGCAGUGCCUCAGACUCGCGUGAAUCUGCCGCUGCGAUACUGUGUCUUCUAAAAACACGUCAUACGGUC